CCUUCUCUGCAGGGGUGGGAGGCAGCGGGGGCUGCCCUCAGCGCGGGCGCCAUGUUCUACAUGCACUUGCUGGUGAACAAGCGCGGGCCCCUGGCCAAGAUCUGGCUGGCCGCGCACUGGGAGAAGAAGCUCACCAAAGCUCACAUCUUCGAGUGCAACCUGGAGGCCACCAUCGAGAAGAUCCUCUCGCCAAAGUUUACAAUAGCUCUGCGGACCUCCGGACACUUACUCCUUGGAGUGGUGAGGAUUUACCACAGGAAAGCCAAGUACCUCAUGGCAGACUGCAGCGAAGCUCUGGCAAAAAUGAAGACAGCCUUUCGCCCGGGCCUUGUCGACCUUCCCAAGCAGACCUUUGAGGCUACUUAUCAAGCCAUUACGCUGCCUGAAGAGUUUCAUGAUUUUGAAACACCACUACCUGACGUAAAUGCCAUUGACGUUGCUGAACACUUCACCUUGAACCAGAGCAGAGCUGAGGACAUCACGCUUGUAGAGGAUUAUGAGAGCAAUUUACUUCUGUGUGACAGAAACUUUGAUGACAAACCAGACGCCCUGAGGAAACAAAGCUUCUUUGACGGCAGCAUCUUAACAAGCAGCAACAGUGUUGUGGUGGAUCGCUCUGUGAGUGUGAACAGGGACAUGUCUGCUCUGCGAGAGGAGACCUUCUGUUUUGAGUAUGACUGCUUUGGAGAUGAGGAGGAUGCUGCAGAUAUGAUAGAAAUCCUGUUGAGGGAUGAGCACACAGGCCUGGAUCUAGACAUUCUUGGUAUGGAGGAAGAAAACCCUUUGUCCCAAGAGCCACUGGAGAAGAGCACAGCCGCUGAGUCCUGCUGUGCAGACACCAUCAAUAAGGAAGUCAGCCACCUAGCGAGUGAAACCACACUCGUGUUGAAAGAUGAUGGAUUUGUGCUUGAGCCACUUGAUGCUACAGCUGUCACCCAGAGGAAAAAGAAUAAAAGAAAGAGGAAGUUGUUCGUGGAUGUAGACAAGGAACUCACCUGUUAUGCCAUGUACAACCAACUGAACAACUACACAGACAUCACGGCCACCUUAGACCUCGCCCCCCCAACCAAAAAAACAAUGCUGUGGAAGAAAUCUGGAGGUGUGGAUAAACUCCUGUCCCACACAACACAGCUGCUGCUUCCUGCUAAGCUGCAAAUGUUCCUUGCGACAUGCUUCAAGAGUCAUGGAUUUAAGAUGAGAAGGAAGGAAAUACAGAGGGGGUCUGAAAUGGAGGAAACAAGAAAAGAGCAAGAGAUCACAGAGAUGCUGAUAGUAGAAGAGCCAAGUUUCCUGCAGGAGUCAGCUCAUUCAGACACUGAGAGAAAAAUUAGACAUGAUUCGUUUAUGUUGCCAUCAGAGAAUAACAGAAAUGUAACUGAUGAUCACUGUGGUGAAACUAUAGGUGCAAUGGUUUUGUCUGAGAGCUCCUCACUGGUGACCAGUAUCCUGGACCAAGAAGCUGAAAUGCAGCAAGCUGAGCUAACAAACGAGCUCACGAGGAACAGGAAAGACAGUGAAGAAAUCAGAUGGAACAAAAGAACUCUCCAGUUCUUAAAAGCCUUACAGCACCUGAAGAGAUCCGGGCUGAGCUCCUUCAGUUUCCGGGAUCUCAGUCGGAAAAACAACCGGAAAGAGGCCGCAGCCAAGUUUUACAUCCUCCUGGUGCUGAAGAAGCAGUUGGUUGUGGAGCUCAGGCAGAGCGUUCCCUUUGCCAACAUCACAGCCACCCCCGGCCCUAUGUUUGAUGCUCACUGACCUCGGGUCAGAGCCAGAUAAGCCACCAAAACUCAACCUGAUUGAUUGAUUGAUUGGUGAUUUUCCAGCAAAUGGAUUCUUGGGGAAAAAUGAUCGAAUGUCUUGUUAAACCAUGGAGCCACCUCUGAAAUACCCCGUCACAGGCUCGUGCCGUGUGCCAUGAUGUGCCACCAUGGUUACCAACGUGUUCCCUAGCUUGUUUAUUUCUAAUAUAGCUGGUUUGGUGAUAAGCAGUUACUUAUUCUGUUAAUAAAAUAUCACUAAAAAAAUUAGGGAGGGAUUUAUGUUGUGAGGGAUUUUAGGAAAAGUCCUUAAAAUCCUUUGUGGGAGACAGGAUUUGAACUA